AUGUCUGCUCUCUGUGCCCAGAACCGAGCAGGCCUCCAUUCACCUUUCUUCUCAGAGAACAUCAUGGCAAGUAUGGCUGCAGUUCUGACCUGGGCUCUGGCCCUCCUCUCAGUGCUUUCAAUCACCCAGGCACGGAAAGGCUUCUGGGACUACUUCAGCCAGAGCAGCACGGACAAAGGCAGGGUGGAGCAGAUCCAGCAGCAGAAGCUGGCACGGGAGCCCACGAGCCUGAAAGACAGACUUGAGCCAGACAUCAGCAAUAUGAACAACUUCCUGGAAAAGCUGGGCCCUUUGAAUGGGCAGGGGAGGGAGCCUCCCGGGCUCCCACACGACCCGGUGGGCAUGCGGCAGCAGCUGCAGGAGGAGCUGGAGGAAGUGAGGGAGCGUCUGGAGCCCUACAUGGCCGAGGUGCACGAGCGCGUGGGCUGGAACCUGGAGGGGUUGCGGCGGCAGCUGCAGCCCUACACGGUGGAGCUGAUGGAGCAGGUGGCCCUGCGCGUGCAGGAGCUGCAGGAGCAGCUGCGCGUGGUCGGAGAGGGCACCAAGGCCCAGCUGCUGGGGGGCGUGGAAGAGGCGCGGAGCCUGCUGCAGGAGCUGCAGGACCACGUGGCAAACCACACUGGCCGCGUGAAGGAGCUCUUCCACCCGUACGCGGAGCGCCUGGUGACCGGCAUCGGGCACCACGUGCAGGAGCUGCACCGCAGCGUGGCGCCGCACGCGGCCGCCAGCCCGGCGCGCCUCAGCCGCUGCGUGCAGGUGCUCUCGCGCAAGCUCACGCUCAAGGCCAAGGCCCUGCACACGCGCAUCCAGCAGAACCUCGACCAGCUGCGUGAAGAGCUCAGCGCCUUUGCUGGCGCAGGUGCUCACGGUGCAGAGGAAGAGGCCCAGCCGGACCCACAGGUGCUGUCUCAGGAGGUGCGCCAACGACUCCAGGCUUUCCGCCACGACACCUUCCUGCAGAUUGCCGCCUUCACCCGUGCCAUUGACCAAGAGACCAAGCAGAUCCAGCAGCAGCUGGCGCCACCUCCGCCAGGCCACAGCGCCUUCGCUCCAGAAUUCCUACAAGGGGACCGAGGCAAGGCCCGGAGCGAGCUGCAGGCCCGCCUCGACGACCUGUGGGAAGACAUCAACUACAGCCUUCGUGACCAUAGUCCUGGCCAUCUGGGGGAGCCCUGA